GACUCUGGAUUAGGUGCUCGCCAAUCCUUCUCCACCCUGCUCGCAAUUCCCUCUUGCCCCCGGUUUUCUGCUGCUCGCGCUGCCUCCUCCACACCUCGCUAUCUCGCUCCCCUAAGGUUUCUGGGUGCGUCCAUCGACGGACUUGGACACUGUCUGUCACCGCAUACGAAGGUGACGGAGGUGUCGGGUGGUGUUUCGCCUCGCACAUGUCCCUCGUACGAUUCGUGGCGAGUUCCGCAGUGCGUUUGGUCAGCUCGCCUUUGUCGUCUGAACUGGUAGAGUUCAUGGAGCGGAGAUUGUCGGACUAUCUAUUCUGAGUGGUCCUCGAGCUGUGGAUUGUCUACGCAACAGAAAAAUCGCGAGCAAUGGAGUACCCUGCAGAAUUGGCGGGGAUUGGCGAUGCUAGUGUUGUGAGGCUCAGUCCCUGGUUUGUGCAUGCUACCGUGAGUUCGUCCCUGCGUGACGUUGGGAGCGUUUCUGCGAGGAGCUGCGGGCAUGGACGUGUAGGGUCUUCAGCUGAAUGUGCGCAGGGUCGUGAUGGUUGGAUGCCAGCUUCUCGGGAGAGGCAGCCGCGUCAGGAAUUCGGCAGUGGUUGUUACUGCGUGGCCACAGUGACAGUUGGCGAUUUGCAGUCCACGAGCAAGAGGGUUCAGGAGAGCUUUUUUCGGCAUUUCAAUGCUUCAAUUCGUAGACAUUGUGAUAGGGUGCCGUCGUUGUCGUGGGCAUCCAUCAGUCAGUCCGGUGGGAAACUGUGUGAAGGUGCGGACGGGAAGGGUAUUGGGGCGCGCAUGGAAGAGGUCGGGGAUGAGACUACGCAGUCCGUGGGCCAGGAUAAGAGGAAGCAAAAGAAUGUGCUGAUUCUGAUGAGUGACACGGGAGGGGGCCAUCGUGCGUCUGCCGAAGCUAUUAAAGCUACUUUCGAGCUUGAGUAUGGAGACAAAUACAAGGUACACGUUGUUGAUUUAUGGAAGGAGCACACUCCCUGGCCUUUCAACCAAGUUCCACGACUUUACAGCUUUUUCGUCAAACACGAGAUUCUAUGGAAGUUCGCGUUUUACAGCACCGCGCCCAAAAUAGUACAUCAAUCAGAAAUGCGCGCAACAUCUCUGUUUAUCUCAAGAGAGGUGGCAAACGGCUUGGCUAAGUACCAACCUGACGUUAUCGUAAGCGUGCACCCCCUGAUGCAACACGUUCCGUUAAGAGUACUACGAUUACGAGGCUUACUCGACAAAAUCCCCUUCACAACUAUCAUCACAGAUCUAGGCACUUGCCAUCCUACAUGGUUUCAUCAGCUUGUGACCGCCUGUUUCUGUCCCACAGAGGAAGUAGCAAAGAGAGCUCUAGAGGCUGGUCUUCGUCGGUCUCAGAUUCGUGUGCACGGGCUUCCUAUUCGGCCCUCCUUCGCUACAUUCUCUCGCUCCAAGGAUGAAUUGCUGAAGGAGCUCGAGAUGGACAAGGACCUGCCUGCCGUGCUGUUGGUGGGGGGAGGAGAAGGCAUGGGCCCGGUGGAACAAACUGCUCGUGCUCUUGGGGAGUCACUUUAUGACGCCAAUACUGGAAAAGCCCUUGGUCAACUUGUGGUUGUCUGUGGUCGUAACAAAGGCCUUGUCAAGAAGCUUCAGAAGAUCCAGUGGAACAUUCCCGUAAAGAUCAAUGGCUUUGUGACGAAUAUGUCUGAAUGGAUGGCAGCUUGCGACUGCAUCAUAACCAAGGCAGGGCCUGGUACCAUAGCCGAGGCAUUGAUACGAGGGCUGCCGAUGGUUUUAUUCGACUUCAUCGCCGGACAGGAAGUUGGAAACGUCUCGUUUGUUGUGGACAACGGCGCAGGUGCUUUCUGCGACAAGCCCAAAGUAAUAUCGAAGAUUAUUGCAGAUUGGUUUGGUGCAAGCUCUAGCAAGUUGAAGGAGAUGACGGAGAAGUGUAAAAUGUUAGGCCAGCCUGACGCUGUUUUCAAGAUAGUGCAUGAUCUAGAUGAUAUGAUCCGAAACAAGCACAUGUACCAAGACCACCUGAAAAUCAAGUACAGGGGUCUGAUCUGAGAGGAAUUCUUUUAGGUCUUUGUGAUCGAAAUCAUCGCAUUCGUCGUCUCAUUCUUAAUCCAACAAAUAGCUUUUGCAACUCACUACUUUUGCUACUCGUCUUGUGACCCAGAUACCUGAUUUUCAAUGUGAAACUUGAAGCUGGCGUGCAGUUCUAGGAA